GAUGCCACAACACAUAUUUUAUGCUCUCCAAACGAAUCUUACUGCUUCUCCUUCGAUCUAUUUCAUCACCUUCCAUAGUUCCUAAGACACUUGGUUCUAUAAAGUCAUCACUUGCAUUGCUCAUUAUAUCUAUAUAGAAACCAAUAUUUAUUUAUUCAUUAUUGAUAUGAUGGCUCAAAAUCGGCUGGCGGUUUGAUUUCAUCUGUUUAUUUCUUCAUUUUCUUGGAUCAACUCACAUGGCGGCGAGAACGAGCACGAAGACGAAAAUAACCGAAAUUGGGCCGUGUGGUGGGCCUGGAGGCCGUGAAUGGGAUGAUGGGAGCUCUUACGAUGGAAUAAGAGAGAUAACAGUGGCUCACGACCAUUGCAUCGACUCCAUUACUGUAGUUUACGAUAAGCAUGGCAAAGCAUCUCCUGCUGGAAAACAUGGAGAAGAUGGUGCCAUGGUGGUGUCAAAACCACAAGUCACAACGGUUAAGCUACAAUAUCCAGAGGAAUACCUAAUAAGUGUGAGGGGAUAUUAUGGACAACACCAUGGAAGCCUUGUGAUACGGGCUCUCACCUUUACAAGCAAUAGGACAACAUAUGGGCCAUUCGGGAUGGAAGAAGGAAAGCCGUUUUCAUUAUCCGUUAAAGGAGGCAGUAGGAUCAUCGGCUUCAAGGGGCGGAGCGGAUGGUAUGUCGACAGAAUCGCCUGCUACGUCGCCCGCCUUCCGCCGCCCAAAGGCUGCAACGCAGCAUUUCAAACCUUUCACAAAUCACUCAAGAAACUGGCCGGCACUGUGCGUGGUGAGAGUGACCAGCCGAGCAGAAAAAGGAAUUUGACAUCUCCAACACAUUAAAUAAUAUUUGGGAAAAUAAAUUUGAAAAAUAAUACUACCCCCGUUCUUAAAUAAAUGCAACACUUUGACUUUUACACUUAUCACAUGUUCUACUUUGAUUACGUUUUAUUUAUUAAUGUAAUAAUAUUAUUUUAUGAAAAAAAUCUUGUUAAACUUGUCUCGAUCUCAUUGUAAAUUUUCAUAAUCUAAUUUUUUUAAUUUUUUUACUAAUACAAAAUCAUUUAUAUUAAUGAUCAAAAUUGUGUCUCGACAAAUGUGAAAUAUUGACCGUUGCAUUUAUUUAAGAACGGAGGAAGUAAUGACCAUCACUAAUAAUUAAACAAAUGAUAAUGUGCAUUUUGAAAUGAUAUAAGUUAUUGAUGAGCUAGAUGAUUUAUAUAUUCAAAUAGUUAAAAAUUAUUUCAAAAGUGGGUAUUGUUAUUAAUUUAUGAGUGAUAGUUCAUGUAAUAUUAUUUAAAGUUAUUUUUCUGUAAUAAUUAAAGGACCUUAAGCUAGCCGCCUAUGCCUAUUAACUUUUAAGGUCACACAUGUACGACUAUUUGGAUUAUUUAAUUUGAAAUUGAAUCAUCCAGACACUGACUUGAUAUGUAAACUUGAAUAAAUGAAUU